AUGCUGUCCCGCACGCAGGCUCCUCCGCCGGUCCCCCAGAUGAGCGACGAGGACGACGGCGGGGGCCGUGGGGCGGCGCCCGGGGACAGGGUCGCCGGAGCCACCGCCCUGUACGCCCAGCAGCUCCUGGCCGAGAAGAGGCGGCUCGAGGACAAGUUCUCCGGCGGCGGCGCAGAGCUGCUGCUCACCAAGAAGCUGCUGUUAGCUGAACUGGAGAGGAUACAAAAUGGGGGCAAGCCGUCCAGCGCGGGCUGCGGACGGUCGGCCAAUGAGGAGAGGCGCUUCGCCGACAUCAUCAAGGAGAAGCCAAUCAAAGUGACGAUACGGGUGCUGGUGCCGGUGAAGGAGCACCCCAAGUUCAACUUCGUGGGGAAGCUGCUGGGUCCGAAGGGCAACUCCCUGAAGAGGCUUCAAGAGGACACCAUGACCAAGAUGGCGAUCCUGGGACGAGGGUCCAUGAGGGACAAACACAAGGAGGAGGAGCUUCGCGCCUCGCUCGACCCCAAGUACUCGCACUUCAACGACGACCUGCACGUGGAGAUCACGGCCUUCGCUCCGCCAGCCGAGGCGCACGCGCGCAUCGCCUACGCGCUCGCCGAGGUGCGCAAGUUCCUGGUGCCGGACUACAACGACGAGAUACGCCAGGAGCAGAUGCGCGAGAUGCAGCUGCUCAACUCGCCGCUGCUGCCGGCGGCGGCGGCGGCGGCGGAGGCGCUCGCCUCGGAGCGGCAGAGCGCUGGCGGGACGCCGCCCCCGGCCGCCAAGCAGCAGAACGGCCGCGCGCGGCCCCUGGUGGCGGCGGCGGCGGGGGGAUUCCUCUACAACCAGCAGCAGGUGCUGCUGCACCCGGCCUUCCGGGGGCUGGCAGCCGCCGCCGCCGCCGCGCGCGCCCACGCCAUUCCUCUGGCCGGCGCCGCAGUGUUCCCGGGUCACCAUCCUGCCGGCUCCAUCUUCAACCGCCUGCGCGCGCACCCGCACCUCGCCGCCGCCUCCCCCGGGGACGGCGGCCUGUCCAGGCACCCGCCCCACCAGUUCCCCCGCGCCGCCGCCGCCGCCGGGGGCGGACUUCUGUCCGUGCUGGCCCGCGGCUGCGGCGAUCAGGCCUCCGCGGCGGCGGGCGAGCCGCUGCUCAUGUGCGCCCCCGGAGGCGCCGGAGGCGGCGGCGUGGCCGGGGGCGGCGGCGAGGACGCGUCGCACGCUUCUGGAGGCGGCGACCUAGCCGCCCCAACCGUCUACGGCCUCUACGAGAACUACGCCGCGGCCGCAGCCGCCGCCGCCGCCGCAUCGCUGUCGGCGGCGGCCGCCCCCGGAUAUCACCAAGUGAAGGUGACCAUGGUGAAAGGACGGACUAGGCUCUUAGCAGAGUGA